AUGAACCCAUUUUAUUCCCCGAAAUCUUCCAAAUAUGACACAGUAUAUGACGAAGUUUUAUUUAUACAGCUCUUUCUUUCUUUCUUUUUUCUUUCUUUUCUUUUCUCGUCUUUCUUUCUUUCUUUUUUCUUUUCUUUUCUCGUCUUUCUUUCUUUCGUUCUUGUCUUUCUUUCUUGUCUUUCUUUCUUUCUUUCUUUCUUUCUUUCUUUCUUUCUUUCUUUACCAUUAUCUUUUCUUUUUUUCGUUCUUUUCUUGUCUUUCUUUUUCUUUCCUUCUUUCUUUCUUCACCAUUUUUCUAUACUUUUCUUAUUUUCCCCUUUACCGAAUUUAUAUUAUCAAUAUUUUUCUUCACUCCAUUCUCCCUCCAAUUAUUUCCAUAACUUAACCUCCUCCUCUUUCUCAUCAUCCCUAAACUCUUUUAAAUCAUUAUACGUCUUUCCUUGUUUUCAUUUUUCUUACUGUUAUCAUCAAAUUUAUCUCCUCUUCCUCCUACUUUUGUAA